UUCUACUGGUGACGAUGACAUGCAGGAUGCUUUCUGGUAAAUAACAACUAAAGAAAAGAGCUUUCAACAUUUAAUUUUUCAUCCUACAGGUUCGAUGGACGGGCUAUUUCUAUUCAUUUUAAUGUCACUUCUAUGGCAGACUAUCUCAGCAUUGUUCACAGUGGAGGUGGAGCAAGGGUCAUAUCAGGCCCAGUACCAGGGUAAUGUCACAAUGGGAUGCAUGUUCCAGCCUGGGACUGGUGACUUGACAGUGGUCUGGCAACGGGUCAGCCCUGGUAAAAACCUGGAAGUGUAUCGUCUGGAACAUGGAAAGGAGGACCUGGAGACCCAGGAUCCGUCGUUUAGUGGGCGGACGAGGCUGGUGAUGGAGGACCUGGCGAGUGGGUGGGCCAGGCUGGAGAUCACCCAUCUAGGCAUCAACGACUCUGGGACGUACCAGUGCCUGUUGGAGAUGGGGGGAGCAGAUUAUAAACAGACUGAGCUAUCUGUCAAAGCGUCUUAUAAGGCGAUCAUCCAAACCUUGGAGAGGUCAACGAUGGGUGGGGAGCUGGAGCUUGGAUGCCAGUCGGUGGGCUACCCUCUGGCCUCUGUCACCUGGAUGGACGGAACCUUCCAGGAGCUUCCAUCCAACGUGACCUCAGUCAGGACACCGGAACAGCUGUUCCAGGUCACUAGCAAGUUGAAGGUCCAAUCCUCUGUCAUGAAUAACUACACCUGUGUGUUCGAGGAGAGGAAUAUGCAGAACACCCGCUCUGCCAGAUUUAUUAUACCAGAUGAUAUACAGGACCAUCCUAGAAACUCCAACACUCCCAUUAUAGUGAUUCCUUGUUUGGUUGUAGCUGGACUCAUUAUCACAAUCAUCCUGUACUACAGUAGACAGAAAGGUUCAAGGAGGGACACCAAACAUAUAUUUGUAACUGCUGAGGAGGGCACAUCUGUUGCAACAAUGGGUGUGAAACCGAUGGAGAACCUGAGGAAGGUCCUGAGAACGAACUGCACUGAGAGUUCCACCAACGAGGAGGCGAGAGAACACCUCGCUGUGUUCUGUGAGAAGGCGUGUUGUGGUACUCCACAACAGAGCUCGUGAUUCAUUGAUUGUGGGAGAACUUCUUAGGAAAUAGGAGUGGGCGUGUGUGAACACAGGGAGGG